AUGCAGGGAUGGGCAGGGCCCCAUUGUCUAAUCCCUGUUGGUUCCCAAGGGCAACGAAAGAAUGGACUUCUCCCCAGGCAUACCAGGGGACAGACCACCUGCGAAUACGGCGCAAAACACAACUCAAUCACCUGUUGCAUGGCCCUCUGUAAUAUCUGCUUGGAGUGGACCUCCGUACCACUGAAGGGAGCAACGCCAUGUUCACUACGUAGCUCGCAUUGCGUUCCAUUAGAUCGCUUGGGCCUAUGCCCCUCACUCAUCUCACCAGCAGUCGUCAUCCACGUCGACUGUCCAGGUCCAGGCCUACAUCGCGUCGGACCCAGUCACCUGACUGUCUCUCCAACGGACCAACCGCUUGCAAUCCAAUGUUCCGGAAAUGAGACUGGAUUUUGUGCUGCUGGUUGA